GCGCGGAGCCGACCCGCUUGCGCUUGCUGCCGCCGCCGCCGGCAUGGCCUCUGCCCGCAGCCCCGCCGGAGCGCUCCUGCUGCUCACCUGCGCCAACCUGAUCGCCGCCAUGGGCUUCGGCGUCCCGGAGCCCGCCGCGCCCGUGGGGAACCAUGCACAUCCGCGGCUGCCCGGGACCGAGCUGCCCACCCCGCCUGCCGACAGCCCACCGGAGCCCACCAUGGCGCAUGCACACAGUGUGGAUCCCCGGGAUGCCUGGAUGCUGUUUGUUAAGCAGAGCGAUAAGGGCGUCAACAGUAAGAGGAGGGGCAGGACCAAGGCCAGGCGGCUGAAGCUUGGCCUGCCAGGACCCCCAGGGCCACCAGGUCCUCAGGGGCCCCCAGGGCCCUUUAUCCCAUCUGAGGUUCUGCUGAAGGAGUUCCAGCUCUUGCUGAAAGGCGCAGUGCUGCAGCGGGAAAGCACCGAGCCCAAGCACUGCACCAGCGAUUUCACCACACCAGCCUCGGGCAGCCCCUCCCGGGUCCCGGCCGCCCAGGAGCGUGACAACGACCAGGACCUAGGGGCUGUGUUGGCGCUGCUGGCUGCGACCCUGGCCCAGGGCCCACGGGCGCCACGCGUGGAGGCUGCGUUCCACUGUCGUCUGCGCCGGGAUGCGCAGGUGGAGCGGCGCGCACUUCACGAGCUAGGGGUCUACUACCUGCCCGACAUCGAGGGAGCCUUCCGCCGGGGCCCAGGCUUGAACCUGACCAGCGGCCAGUACACCGCACCGGUGGCUGGCUUCUACGCUCUCGCCGCCACUCUGCACGUGGCACUCACAGAGCAGCCGAGGAGAGGACCACCACGACCUCGGGACCGUCUACGCCUGCUGAUCUGCAUCCAGUCCCUCUGCCAGCACAACGCCUCCCUGGAGACUGUCAUGGGGCUGGAGAAUAGCAGCGAGCUCUUCACCAUCUCAGUAAAUGGUGUCCUGUAUCUGCAGACAGGACACUACACCUCCGUCUUCUUGGACAAUGCCAGCGGCUCCUCCCUCACGGUACGCAGCGGUUCCCACUUCAGUGCUAUCCUCCUAGGCCUGUGAGUGGCUGCUGUGGGCUCUUACCCUCACCACGCAGAGCGGUCUAAUGUCUACAGCAUCAACUGACAGCAGCUCUGUGCAGGAGCCCAUUGGACCUCUACACACACGGGCCACUGCAUUACCUCUUAGCACAGCUACCCUAGACAUUCCUGAAGAGGUGAUGGAAGGAAGCAGGCUCUCCCAGAACCAACAGCAAUUUGUGGGUAUCUUAAGUCCUUCUUGGCUCUUCAGGGACCAUCCAGCAUACUUGGUAGCACUUGCUAUAUCCCCAGCUGCAGAGCUGGCACCCUUGUGUCUCCAUACAGCCUCAGAUUCCUUCCUGUGGCCCAGCAUCCUCAGUACUUUGUCGGGAGCUCUAGCCAGGCUACAACCUGGAACAGCUCAUUCUGCACAUGGCAGGGCUAUGAGGACUAUGAUUGUGGGUCCUUAGUGUUUAAAAGGGGAGCCCAGGCCAUCUUGGACCACACAUCCUGUCUACCUAGGUUCCUGGGUCCAUAUACAGCCACAUUCACCAUGCCUCUGCCUGCAGUGUAGCAUCAAGGACCUAAGGACUCAGGAGCCAGUGAGCCUGGGCCUGGCAGCAGUUUCUGCUUCUGGGGUAAGCAAGAUGAACCACAGGCCCUUUGGUGGGCACCCUAACGAAAGGGGCAUCCCUUUCACAGAGAAGCCAUCUUCACCCUCUACAAAGGUUACCCUUUCCCAGCCUCUCUGAAGCUCUGGCUCACCCACCAAGCAAAAGUUUGAGUGCAGUUAUGCACACACCAUCUCUUCACAAGCUUCCCGUGUGAGACCUGCUCUUGCGGUGAAGGUGGUCUGGCUGUGUGGGUGGCCUGGUAGUGAAGCAGCUGGCUGAGGGCUCUUCCCAUGAGGAGGAAGCAGGACUGCCAGCAUGCAGCUUGUCUCAAUGCCGUCUCCCCAUUUUUAACAAAAUGUGGGACUGGCCCCACACAGGCAGUGGAGAGGACUGGGACCUCCAAGGUUCCCUGCUGCUGAAGAACUGACACCAGCACAUCCAUCCCCACCGGCUGCUUUGGGAUCUCUUGGCCUAGCAGGAGUGCUCAAGCCUGGAAUCGGGGGUGGGGUGGGGGAGGUAGGCAGCAGUUGCUUCACCUUUCAGCUGACCUCAGGAAGAGGUUACCACAGCAAGCCUGUUUGCCUUCUUAUAAUCAAACUUCUCCCCAAAGCAGGCUGCCAACACACAGCAGCAGGGGAAUGGAGGGCUCUGUCCAUGAGCUGGCCUGGCCCGAUUCUCAGUAGGGAUGGUACCCACCCUACCAGGAAGCACUGUAUUGGCCUGGGUCCUAACUCCCUGGCACUUUGAUAAGGACAUGGGGUAGACACACCCUUCUCUGGAUUUCACUUUGUAUCCAGUGGGCACAGACCUGUUAGCAAAGUUAUCUUCUACCCUUGAGAAAGCCACAUACGCACCUAUCUCAACAACUGUGCUCACAGCAACUUAGAAGCACUGUGUCAUAUUGCAUGGAAGAAUGUGUUUAUGUGACGGAUCACACAAAGCCGAUGAAGGGCAGACUCGAGGCUCAUGACCUUCUCUUCCCAGGCCAUCUCACAAAGGACCACGAGGGGUGAGAUCUGGAAAGCGAGGGGGAGAUGCCUCUACUCUUGGGGCUCCCCCUGAAGGUGGCAGAGGCUCUUACUACCUAGGAAGGCCAUAGUGCCAAGUGUCUCCCUGACAGACAGUGGCACUUAGGGACAUGGGUCACAUCCUCUGAGGCACUGAAUGACUCCUGGGUUACUACAGGAAUUUGCUGAAUUAAACUGCUCUGCUUUCUGAUGAGGUGGCAUUUUGUUCCGUAUGCCAGGCUGUCCAGGUCCUAGUUUCUGAGCAGGGGGAUGGUUGUCUCAUUCCCUGGGGAAAGGGUAGGGCCGAUGUUCUUCAAUUGCAUUUGUUUGGGAGGGUGCCUGGGCAUACCGUGACUUAGAUAUGGAAGUCAGAUGACAGCUUACAGCAGCAGAUCUCACCUUCCACUUUGUGGAGACUGAUCUUAGGUCCUCAGGCUUGACAGGAAGCACCUUCACCAGCGAGCCAGCCCACUGGGCCCACAUUCAGUUAUUUUAAAAAUUCCUUUUUGUAUGUAGUAUGUGCAGGCAUGUAUUUAUGUGUGAGCAUGUGAAUGUGAGGUCAGAGGUCAAUCGAGAGUCUUGUUUCUGAGGAGCCAAGCACCUUGUUUUGUGCAGACAGUAGCUCAUUAGGUCCCAGAUGCAAGCCCUAAGGACCUACCUGUUCCCAACUCUGCUGGCUGUCCUGGAACUCACUCUGUAGACCAGGCUGGCCUCAAACUCAGAGAUCCGCUUGCCUCUGCCUCCCAAGUGCUGGGACUAAAGGUGUGCACCACCACUACUCCCUGGGCUUUUUAUGUGGAUGCUGGGGAUCACUUUUACUCGAUGAGCUGUUUCCAGCUCCACUCCACCCUACUCCCUGGCCCUGGCAGGGAGUUUUGUUUUGGGAAACAGUGUCUCAUGUGUCCCACUUGUUAUAGCUGAAGGUGGCUUUCCACAUCUGAUCCUCUUGCCUCUACCUGUCAAGUGCUGGGUCACAGGAAUGCACCACCACGCCUGGUUUAUGUGGUGCUGGGGAAAGAAACCAGGAUUCCAUGUAUGCUAGGAAAGGCCUCUACCAACUAAGACACAUCUUCAGCCCUCAGUGGGUUUUUAGAAACAGGGUCUUACUACAUAACCCAGGCCGGCCUCCUGAGUAUCCCUGCAUUUAAUGUCUAUUUAUGGCUUUUCCAUGACAGACCUGAGAAGUCAUUUAUGGUUUGU